CUCAUGCCAUCACCAAAUCCAAUCCAACUUAAAGAAAACAAAGCCAGCAAAAUUUUGCUUUGAGAGGUAGAAAAUGUCAGGCCGUGGAAAGGGAGGCAAAGGAUUGGGAAAGGGAGGAGCGAAGAGGCACAGGAAAGUACUGAGAGACAACAUUCAAGGGAUCACGAAGCCUGCAAUUCGAAGGUUGGCUCGACGAGGUGGAGUGAAGAGGAUUAGCGGUCUUAUUUAUGAAGAAACGCGAGGCGUUCUCAAGAUUUUCCUUGAAAACGUGAUCCGCGACGCGGUUACGUAUACUGAGCACGCCAGGAGGAAGACGGUAACUGCUAUGGAUGUGGUUUAUGCCUUGAAAAGACAGGGCCGAACCCUUUAUGGUUUUGGCGGUUAAUUGGGUGGUUUUUUUUUUUUUUUAAGGAAUUAGGUGGUCUUUUGCAGAGAGGCUUUUUAGAUCUCGUCAGUUUUUGUGCUUUUCGAUGAUGUAAUAGAAGUUGAAUUUUUAUGGGAAAAUUGUGUUUGGAUUUCGAUGUUA